UUUACAUAAGCUUUUUCGAACAUGUAUUCGAAUGAAGCUUUCAUGCUUUGAUUCGAAAUGCGAGCUGCAUAACGCACCGUAACGCAUCAUUCAAGAGAAAAGCACAAAGUACUCAGUCAGCGGACAGAUGAUACAGCAAUGGUUUAUGAAGACAUUAAUACAAAUCGAUACUGUAAUCGAUUAAAUCACAACACCGAUGAAGCUACAGUGCCGUUCACCUUGCGGUACCAUAUUAGUGCAUAAAUAUUGCUUCAAAUGAUUAUCCGCUCGUCGUAGCACGUGGCCCGUGAUCGAUGGGCUAGUUGAAUUGUUGAACUACAGCGCUUUGUAGGGUGAUGGCUAUUGAUCUGUACGCUAUCAAUCAUAUUUAUUUGUAGCCAUCUGUUUAAAAAAAUCAUUGGUAAUAUUUAUCGUUGAUAAUAUUGCUAUGAAUUGUUUAAGAUAGGUUUUUUUUAAUAAAUAUUCUUGGUUUUUUUAACAGGAUCAUUGCUUCCAAAUAGCUAGAACGACUUCUAACAUGCUAUAUAAUGGUUCAGCUCGACAUACAAUCACCGUGAAAGCAAUAGAUGUGCCACCAAUCUCCGGAGAUGCAUCAACCUGUUUGGCUGAUUUUAAAUUAAUAAUAUCUUGGCGCUGUUUUUUCCACCAAAUUUAUGAGUUAACAACAUGUUAAACAUGCUUAAAAAAAACUACAAAACAGAUUGAAAACUACAUUCUUCCCUCAAACAGCAAAAGCGCGAACGACCACACUACAUGCAGCAUUCUUUCUUCCGCAACUGUUCUACCGGGUUCAGCGGGUCGGUUCAAGUGUCAAGAAUAGCGGUGUGCGAAAACCACUAACACCCUUGAUUUGUUUGGCAACAUUUCGGACAUUCGGCUAGUAGCUGGGACGUUGUGCGUUACGCGCCUCCAUCGCGUUAUUCACCAAAAACUGCAGGCGGUAAAUGGCGAAAGAGCCUUCAGAGUGGGGCACAAAAGGUGUCCAGCCAAGGGAAACCUCUCGAGCCUAACGGAUUUCAACGCAUCGGCUAGCGUGUGAGAGCCAUCAUCGCCAAAACGUAGCGUGUAAAAACAAUCGAAGCAUAUCGCCUGUAAGGAUAGAUACAAGCAUAUCGCUGUUGCUGCUGCUGGCUUCAACCAUUCCGAUGACAAUUAAUCACCAUUGCUGUGAAAUCUCGCCUACCGUUUACUGGGAGCGGUUGCAUAUCUGCAAUAGAACAACUUCCGAAAUCGGACUGGCUGCGCCGUAAGGGAGGUACAUCUUUACGAUCGAUUUAGCGCCAUUUGUCACGAUUGCACCUCGGAACAAACGUGGAAAAGGUGCAUUUUAACACCUCUGGUUGGAAAUGAGUAGCAUUUACUUCUAGGAAGAGAGCAACACAGCGAAAAGUUAUGGCUGAGAAACAUUUAAUUGGUUUCAUCACACUUGCCAUACCAGUGACCUUACCUAACAACAUACAUAGAAGUGUAGCAAUCAUUGGAGAAAAAGGCAGAGUAAAUUUAUUGACCUUUUUUACAUCAAUACCUUUUUUUACAUCAAUUAAUUAUAGAAAGAGCUUACUGAAACUACAUCAAUUUUCAUCCCGUACCACUAAACUAAUUAUAAUAAAUAAAAAUGUUUUAUUAAUUUCAAUAAUCGAUACAUUAUAACCAUCUUCAACUGAGUGAUCUCUUCCUGAUUACUCGAUACGAGAACAUCCCUUCUCUAGCAGCGUUUGCUAUCGUCACCGGUCUUCACUCACUUCACACUACCAUCAGACGUCAUCAAGCUUGCAGAAGAAAAAAAAAAAACAACACAUCUUACAAUCGUGCUCGGAAAAGUAUAUGGCGAGGUGCGGCAAAGAUGAGCCCAACAUUCGUUCGACGAACGGGUUGGAUUGGGUCGUGGGGUUGUGGCUUUUCAUCGCCAAUCGCAAGCCAAAAAAGAUGCGACACGAGUUGUCGAGAACUGCCGAACAUUGCAUCCGACUAAUACGUUCUGGACCGCCGUCAGGGUAACAGGUCACCUGUGCGACUAUCGAAACAGUGGAUCGAUUGGCUCUUAUCGUACAGCAAUCGUCGUUGAACAUUAAGCGAUCCAUCUUGCAACUGCAUGGAGGUUUCAUAAGUGAGCAAGUGUGGCAUACAUCAUCAGUGCUGUGAUAGUUGAUUAUGAUUUGUUACCUUUACUCGUGAUCAAGUGCAGGUGAAACGGUUUAGGGGGAAAAACAUACGUGAUCUGAUACGGAAAGCGAAAGUGAUACUAAACAACAGUUGAGAUUAUUUACAAGUGUUUUGACAAUGGAAACCAGGGUUUUGAUAAUCAUUCUGCUGCUCUUAACGAUGGUACGGGCAGCGUCCAAAUACUACGAUGGCCCCAUACGUCCGUACGAGUUUGGAUUUAACAUCGAAGGACAUCAGCACAGGAAGGAAUCCAAAGAUAAAAACGGAAUCAUUAUGGGCGAGUUCGGGUUCAUUACCGCCGAUAAUGUCUACCAUGUCACGGUGUAUGCCACCGACGAGGACGGUAACUUUAAGAUUGUCAGCAUGAAAAACUAUAAACUAGGCCCAACCACACCACCCCCGGCACCACCAUCGACGACGACCACCACUACUACGUCCGCUCCAACGACCACAUCGACGACUCCCCAACCAUUUCGCAUAAUCACCACCGCCAAAUCGUUCGUUCCACUCACCACACCGAAACCAUCCAAUGUGGCGACCUGCUCGGGAUGCAAAAUUCCCGAACCACCUAUGACCACAACGCAACCACCACUGCCCGAAACCAGUACACUGUAUGUGCCACCAUUUAAAAUCGUCAAUAAGAACGACCUUGAGACGGUGGGUGGUAAAGCCAUGCGCGGUUCGAUGAUGACCACGACCUCCGCUACGGUGAGUGGAACCGAACCGCCUCAAGAUGUGCCCCAGAAGUUGGUGGAGAAAUCGGACAGGGAUGCACCGGGUCGUCCAGAAGCAGGUGGUGGUUCGAACGUAAAUGCAGCCAGCAAUGCAACAGCAGGUGAUCGAAACCAACCGACGAGGGUGGGCAACAAAUCGAAUGAGCAGUCAAGCACAGAACGGAAAACGCCUAAAGAACAAAAUACACAAUCCCAUUCACGAUCCGAAAGACCCAGCAAGGAUGAUAGAACCACUGCUAAGAAAGAUAAAGACGAUCCCAUGAAGUUGAUUGAGAUACACACUGCCAAUAUGAUCCAGCACAUCCUAAAUGGGCUGCUCUAUCGGUUCAACUACACCGCUGGAUAUCACGGUCAUCACGAGCAGGGCGAUCGGCAAGGAAAUAAGGAGGGUGGCUACUAUUCGAUCGGUCGCGACGGUAUUCGACGGGGCGUUAGCUAUAAGGCGAAUGAGUUCGGCUUCCAGCCACACAUUAAGUUCGAGAAGGUUAGCCCAGAGGAAACGCCACGAGAGGAAACGGAAAAGCAGGCCGGUUUGAAAGGAUUCGACUUCAAGUGGUUCUAUGGUUCGUAACGGACGAGAACCGUACUGAACGUCACCGAUACAGCCAGCAUUGAUUGGAUGACGAAAACGAUUAUAUGUUUCCUUACAAAAAAAAUACUCAACUGGUCUGAGAAGGUGAAAACUCACCAACAAAUAACAGCAAAAUACUGCCUUUUAACAGUGUGCUCCACAAGUGAUUAUCUCUUUUAAAAAUAAAGUAAGAAAACUGCUGUUUGUGUGAAGUGAAACAUGGUAACAGUAUUUAAAAGGGACGAAAGGAGUGUAAAAUUAUUUCCUACGUUCAUAUGUUUAAUGCGACAAAAUCGAAUAAAAGUGAUAGGAAGAAAAGCCUUCAGAAACUGGUUCCUUCAAAACUGGUGUAAGGUUGUGUCCGAAAAUAUCUUUCAAACCGGAUUCAAGUGAAUGGUUGUUGUAAGAAAAAGCAUUUUACACAAAAUAAAUUGGAUUGUAGAGCUCUUUUGCUAUGUAAACGUUAUUCAAGCUUGGAUUAAAGAUGGCUAAAAUUUUGGGUGCAAAUAACCACAGACUGCAUAGAAAGGAAAACUGCAUUUCAAACUCUACUGAUUCACUCAAGCUUAUAUUCCAUCCAUCUGCUAAUCUGCAACCGACAAAUCGCUUUAUUUGACCAAUUUAUCUUCGUGUUUUGGACAGGGUAAAACUCCUAAAAUGCAAAAGAAUGCACCAUUCGUACGUUGCUCUCGAACGGUAGAACUGAUAAUUAGUACCAUUUGGUGAAUCCACCACAAAACACACAGCGCACAUUCUGCUCGUUCAACGACCAUGACAGUGACACUGCGCCAACCUACCAUAAAUGGAGGCUCGUAGGCACCCACGCCACCUCCAGAACAGAUCGAUCGGGGUUGCAAAUAAGCAUUUGAGAGAAAGACUGCUUUACAAUGGAAGAAUGGACCGGGAUGAUUUGAUCCAGGAAUUGUACACCGGCCGGUAAAUGGAGUGCCGAAAUUGGUCAUCGGUGAAUGGAUUCUGGGAAUACAAGCUGACAGUUUCGUUGAACUUUAUUUGAUCAUUCCCAACCUUCGUGCUGCUAACGCCAAACGACCGGGCUCAUGAACAAGCUGAUGAACUCUACUAUGGCGUCACUUACGUCAGCAUCUGUCAGCGGACGGGUUUCAAUGUCCACGGACGCGGAACUGAGAACUUGCAGUCGGCGAAAUCCCGUUGGUGGAUUUUGUCUUUCGGUAAAAAAAAAGAUCUGCGCACAAAGUUGAUCGACAAAAUCAGUUGCCAAAGUCACAGCGAAUGUCUGGAGAAGUUCUGGAACAUGGAACGCAUGAGUGCAAUGAAAUUGUAACCGUAACUGGCCAUAACUUCAUUGCGCCAUCCCACCCGGAGGCACACUGCCCAGGGUCAAUUGAACGUGGGCUAACUGGCUGAAAGGUAGUAGUUGCGUAGGACUGCUGCUGUCGAAUCAAUUUAUCCAAACAACUUGGUCCGUACUACCAAAGUCGUACCAAACAUUUAUUUGCCACCCCUUCGGUAUGGUCCCCCCGGUAGAAUCGGGCUCAGUCGCCAAAGAAUGGAUUCAAUCGCGAUUGAAGUAUGACUUUGGUCGGUAAUGUGGUAUGUAGAUAUGGACAACACCUAAAAGUGGUCUUAGAGACAAGAGAGUACGAGACACAUGCGAGGUAGGUUUUGCACGGAA